AUGCCACCAAAAGGUAGAAGGAAUACUGGUGGGAAGAGAUUACCAGGUCAGACUGCUGGAAAAACUGCUUCAAAAAGCCCAAGCGUACUCCACGUGUUCAAGGAUAACGAUGAUUUAAACGAGGCUUUUAUUGAACAGUACAAAGCAUGGCAUGUUCGCGCGGCUGAAUGGGUUCUUGAGGAGAAUGGUCGUACUGUGGAUGAUUAUACCUCUAUUGAACCAGCGCCUGUCCCAGACCUUUCCAACGAGAUCCUUCCUAAGUCUGAGCGGGAAAUUCGUCACUAUGCAAACCAAACUGGCUUUUUAUUCCCAAAUCUACAUUUGGACGCCUUGUCCGAAGUUACUGAAAUAAGCAUAACUCAUUUGUUUGCCUGUUCAAAUAAACUUACACGUCAUGGAAAACAUGCAAGUCUUAUGGUUGAAGACAUGCGUCUUGUUCUCAAGAUUAUCCAGGAAUCUUCACAGUCUUCACAGAUGAUUUUGCAACUUGAGGAGGACAGUCGUCGCCGUGCUCUUGCUUACCAGAAUACUACCGAACAGAAUACGAGACAUAAUAGCUCUUAUCAGGACGAUACUGCUACUCAAUUUUGUUACGAACCCAGUUAUAUUAUGGUGCAUGAUUCUGAUAUUAAUUCAGACGAGGAUCCCGAAUUCGAGGGUGAAAUGGACCUUGAUAAAUCAGAAUCAGACUUAGAGUCAAGCUCUAAUUCAUCAACGGAAUUUGGAGAGCAGGGCGACGGUGAGCAGAGCGAAGGUGGGCAAGGCGACAGUGAGAGGUAG